GUUUCAAAUACACAGAGGAAGAUAAAAGAGUUUCUCUUGUCCACAAUCUCUCUCUCUCUUUCUAGUUCUACUUCUAGAAAAGUGGAUAGAGGUUGUCUCUUAGGUUGAAGCCAAAGAAGGAAGUUUAUAUAUAUAUUUAUACACAUGCAGAAAUCAAAGAUGGAGGUUAAUUAGGAUUAUAUAUAUAGAGGCUCAUUUCUUGUUUCAGUGAUGAUGAGCAAAGACAUGCUUCAUCAGCAACAACAAGAGGAGAAUAUGUCGAAUCUAACAUCAGCCUCUGGGGAUCAAGCAAGUGCCUCUUCAGGAAACAGAACUGAAGCAAGCGGUUCUAAUUACUUUCCUCAUCAUCAACUACAACAAGAAGAACAACAACAGUUCUUUGCUCCUGAAUCUCAGCCUCCAAAGAAGAAAAGAAACCAACCAGGGAAUCCAGACCCAGAAUCAGAAGUGAUUGCUUUGUCACCAAAAACACUAAUGGCAACAAACAGAUUCGUCUGUGAGAUCUGCAACAAAGGAUUCCAAAGAGACCAGAAUCUACAGCUUCAUAGGAGAGGUCACAAUCUGCCAUGGAAGCUGAAGCAACGAUCCAACAAAGAAGUGAUAAGGAAGAAAGUGUAUGUUUGUCCAGAAACAAGCUGUGUCCACCAUGACCCAUCUCGAGCCCUCGGUGACUUAACCGGAAUCAAGAAGCAUUUCUGCAGAAAACAUGGAGAGAAGAAGUGGAAAUGUGACAAAUGUUCAAAGAAAUAUGCUGUUCAAUCAGAUUGCAAGGCUCAUUCUAAGACUUGCGGCACCAAAGAAUACAGAUGUGACUGUGGCACUCUCUUUUCUAGGAGAGAUAGUUACAUAACUCAUAGAGCAUUUUGUGAAGCACUAGCCGAAGAGACUGCCAAAGAAGUAGUAGCACCACAAAACCAGAAUCAUCAACCAAACCCUCUUAUGAUUCACCAAGCACAACCAAACAUGAACAUCUCUUCCUCGUCUUCCUCUUCCCACAACAUCAUCAAUAGUCUUCACGUCGCAACCAACAAUAAUGGUAGUAAUAAUAGUAACUGUAGCAGCAACCAUCUCCAUACAUUUCCCAUGAAGAAAGAGCAACAACAAACCAAUGAUCAAAUCAUCAAUUACCACCACCAUGGCGUCCCUUCUUGGCUUGCUCCUCAGCCACAAGAUCUCACAUAUUCAAACCCUAACCCUAGUAAUGAUGGACGAGGAGGUUUGUUCUCUCAUGCAGCUUCUCCGGCUAUGUCAGCCACCGCAUUACUCCAAAAAGCAGCACAAAUGGGUUCCACAAAAACAAACCCUUUGCCACAAACCAUAGACUUCGAUAGUUCAGCUCAUCACAACAACCUCACCACGACAAUGGCGGCGAUGAUGACGUCACCGUCUGGAUUCAUGAGCUCAAACAAUAACGAUCAAGUUUUGUUUCAAGACUACAACGCCUCCAUGUUAAACCAUCACGGUGGAGAAGAAGCCUUCGAAGACACAUUGGACGGGCUCUUGAGGACAAACGCUGAUACUACAACCGCAGGAUCAGACAAGAAUAAAAGCGGUGAAGGCGGUGGAGGAAGAGAGGGUUUAACGAGAGACUUCUUGGGGCUAAGACCGUUGAUGUCUCAUAACGAGAUUCUAAGUUUUGCCGGUCUCGGGAAUUGUAUCAGUGACGCUGCUUCCGAUCACCUUCAUCCAAAGCCUUGGCAGGGCACGAAAGUGGGAUCCAACAAUAGAUAAAGACGCAUCAUUCAUCGAGUUUGCUAGGUGGCGUUUCUGAAACUUUUGUACAUCAGUACAUGCCACACAUGGCCACAACUUUAUAAUAUGUACACAUUAAAUUAAACGUUCAUUAAAUUGAUGAUUAAUUUAGUUU